UCAGGACGUAAAACUGUUCUCUUUCUGGUCUGGCGUACUACCACGUGGAUUCAACAUGGCUGGGUUUGUGGACCUGAACAUUCCCCACUUGGCGGAGAAGGAGUCACUGCAGAAGUUGGUGGAAUCUGCUGCGCAUCUUGGCUAUUCCACUGUAGCAAUCAACUAUGUCGUUGACUAUGAUGAAAAGAAGAAGGAAAUUGUCAAACCAAUAUCUCCUACAGAAUUGUUUAAAGCCUUGCCUCUUGUACAGGGGAAAUCCAAACCAAUUAAGAUUUUAUCGAGGCUAACGCUUGUUGUUUCUGAUCCAUCACACUGCAAUAUUCUAAGAGCAACAUCUACAAACAUAAAAUUUUACGACAUCUUUGCUGUGUUUCCUAAGAAUGGGAAACUCUUUCACGUGGCAUGCACAACCUUAGAUGUAGAUCUUGUAUGCAUCAAUGUAACGGAAAAACUGCCCUUCUACAUCAAGAGACCCUCCGUUAACGUGAACAUAAUUCUAUCUAGUGCAGCAGAAAAGCCUCUACAACUACGAGGUCCAUAUGAUGUGGCUAACUUAGGGUGGUUGUUUGGCCUGUCUGAGAGCAACGCCAAGGCAGCUGUUUCUACGAAUGGCCGUGCAGUCCUGCUUCAUGGAGAAGCCCGGAAGACUGCCUCUGGAGCAGUGUAUACAAAGAAAAAACCUCAAAUCCCAGAAGAAGAAGACUCUACUCCAGUCAGUAAAAAAGCCAAGAUGGCUUUGUGACAAGCAGGUUCUUUGGAGUGUCCAUCAACUCCCAAACCUCCAGAAUACCACCCAAGAAUGGCUUGAUGGGAAGAGCUUUUAUUGUAGUUGUUUUAACAAUGACAUGAGGCUUAACCACAAUGAAUAUUCAAUAUGAUUACAUGGAGUGUCUUGGCAAUGGACAUCGGGGACAGUAGAUAACGUGGUGACUUUCUUAGAGGAGAUACUCCUCAGCUUCCUAGUGAAAUGUGGCAUGGGCAUGGGAGAUCAUGUACACCCUUCUUAUAGCAAAGAGGUUUUACCACCUCUGAUGUUCAAGAAAUUUCUAGGACUGGAACUCCCUAAUGCAGUUGCAGCUAAAGACUGCUUAACCAUCCCGUUGGUUAUCAUUCAGUUUCUGUAUGCAUGCUCAAAUGAUUACAGAAUCUUCCUGACACCUAACUACAGGAUUACAGUGGUAAAUCAAGGAUUGCCAAUGUGAGUUCCAAACAGCAGAGAGCUGUAAGCACACUCUGUUGUCUGUACUCCUGAAGAAAUUGCACUCAGCAGUGGGAGUUGGUUCUAAAGUUGCUAGUCACUCCUUAUUCAUGCUUAUAGUAGGAAGAGCUGACCAUCUACAGUAUUUUGUGUAACUAGCACUAGGAGCAUUGUAACUAGGAUGCUUCCAGUGCUGUUGCCUGUCCAUUUUUAAACAUUUGUAGAACUUCAAUGAACCUUCCAUAUACUAUUGAUAGAUUUUCAUUUCUUUCUUUGGUCCAAUCUGCCAUUUCCUAUCCAAACCAGUGGUCAGAUCCUGACAAUAUCCAUAAUUCAGUGUAUUCUUCCCUUCCCCAGAACUAUUUGUGUGUGUUGAGCAUGUUUUGAGGGUGAGUCAGUAACAAACUGACAGUAAGGAUAUUAGCCCACAUAAAUAAAUUUCAGUUUAUCGGCUGCCCAGAUCAAGCUUCAGCAGCCUUCUUCACCUCAACAGGAACAAUUGAAUUAAGACUUAGCUGGCUGUUUCUGUCUCAUUAUCUUGGAAUGCCUGUUCUGCCAUGGGACUCCCUUUAUCUUCUGUUGCUUAGAGCACAUCUGCAACUGGCUGUCUCUUUCUCACAGACACAGAGAGAGAGAGAGAGAGAGAGAGUUCCUAAUGCUUUUUAUUAUGUUAAAUUAGGGGUUUGAAUUAAAAGGCUAUACUGGAUGUGACACCAGCAGAGGUGUUCUGAGCACAUGUUGCCAUCCAGCUGGUACAUAAACUGUGUGGGUAGGGAACAGAGAGAUGAUUUCAUGCAAAUAAUGGCUGGAUAGGUGGAAGGUACUGCAGUUCUUCCUGUUGGGAUUAAAGACCAGAAGUAAACUCUGCCAGGACGAUACCAGGUAAGGACAGGCAGUUUUUGGUGGGUGUGUUGAGCCCCAUUCUUUCUGCCCCUAAAGCCCCUGAUUUAUACCAGCUCAGAGCAUCAUACGUUGUGGCACAUGGAUGAGACUGCUCUCACAUUUAAUUAGACCCUGAUAAGCUAGCAUAGAGUUAGAGAGGGCUUGCAUUACAGCCAAGCUUGUGCCACAGUUGUGCGCAUUUGUGGCCAUUUGUAGGCUGUACCCGUGAAACUAUCAACAUCAGUCCUAGUUAAUAUCAUCAGGCUUGCUUACUAAUUAAUGGCUUCAGGUUUUGCUGUUACAACUUCAAAAAUAUUUCAGAUUUAUUUUGCAACUAAUGUGCAUGGCCUCAGACUGAGCCUUGGACUUGACAAAACUGACAGGGAUUUUUGAAUAAACCAAAAAUCCUUUUAGAAUGUGUACACUAUGGAAUAUCUCUCACCAGUGACCUUUUCUCCUUUAAUUUGACCAAGAAAUUACUUGUGCCUUAGUAGUUACAAAAUUGUGUGUGGUGGUACAUAUUAUAGAAUCCGGAGCUGAGCCAGACAAUGGCAGCUGUUUGGGAUAUGGUCGUCUUUGCUGUUUCACUUCAAGCCAUUGAGAAUGUGGCCUUUAAAGAUCCUUCCUAGGGUAAGAGUUCCAUGAGCAAGUUUGUAGCUUCAAGGCUACUAGUAAUAAUAAAGAUAGCAACCAAUUUUUUGUCUUGAGUUGAUUAAACUUUUUUUAACCCAGCCUCUCUAUCCCCAUGAUAUUUUCUGAUAAAUAAUAAAUUUAGGUAAAGACAGUGGUUAGUUAUGUUUUUUAAAAUAGGAUUUAAUACAAAAUGUACAUAAAAAGCCAUACAAAUAUACACUACAUUUCUUACAAUAUCAGUCUUUGACUGUAACACUUUUCCUGUUCAUCUUUGGCUUCUGUCCUCUUAAUCUGCAUAACCUCCUGUCUUGAACUCAGUAGUUCAGGGGUAGCUAAUAUGGUUCCCUAGAUGGUUGUGACUCUAGUUCCCAUCAGCCCCAGCCAGCAUAGCCAAUUGUCAGGGUUGAUGGGAGUUUUAGUCCCACAUCAUCUGGAGGAUGCUAUGCUGCCUACCUCUGUUGUAGUUCAAACAGCUUCCACCAUGUUGAAUUAAAAAACUUUAGCAGAAGAGUAGAACCCUUCCUUUUUAAUUCCAUAUAACUUUACCCUUUCUCACUACUAUUAUCCAACCCUCUCAUCUUUGCUUUUAACAGCUUGCUUUGACAAUGGCAAUUCAGCAGAAAUGGGGAUGAUUACAAACACUGCCUAUUGAAAGAGGGAUGGGAAGCAAUUCUAGUAUACUCUGAAACAAAGUUUUUUUAAGGAGCUUAAUGCUCCUGGCUGAUUCAGAUUACCACAUCACAGUAACAGGCUCUUUCUAAAGAACAGCAGCAGCAACAUGACUUACUGAAAAUAUCAGCAAAAAAGAAUAGCCAAAGAAAUGCUACUGGAGAAAGGAAGGAAAGAUGAAAUACAAAAUAUAAAUAGGAAUAAAUAAACCAACUUGAAAUCAGAGGAAUCUCAACACUCAAGACUGUGCCUUUGAAAUAUUUUAACCCCCUCUUCUGUUCUAUGUGGGUUUAACAAAGGCAGCAAGACAAAUGCUUGUAUUGUUUUGUGAAGAUGGCGUCAUUUUUAAUGCUAUUAUUCAUAUUGAUGAUACCUUGCCAUUUGCAAGGUAACUGUCCAGUCCGUUGAAGUUUUGAGUCUAGUCUUCAGAAUGUGUCUAUAGGGGAGCUCUUGUAAGAGUUCUCCUUUAAGCUGUUGAAUAUUUCUUUGGUACCAUUUUGCCACUGCAGAACAAGAUCCAUUGGAGUUUUCCCUUCCUAUAGAGAAAAGUUAGGGAAAUUUCAUUAUUUUUUUUCUUGAAAAGGCAUCUUUGCUCUCCUAUUGCAAAUUAGUUUUCUUUUUGAAGUGGUGGCGGUGCUGGGAAGUAUAGUAAUGACUACUAAUGCCUCUUUGAAGUGACAAAUGAGUUUUAGAGUGCAUGCUAACUUGUACAUCCAACAUCCACAGUAGUGUGUUUCACCCUUGCAGUGGGUUCUUGUCCCAUCAAUCUAGUUCAACUUUCUUGCUCAAUCGCACCUAUUCCUCACAACCAGUCAGGGCUGCUAGCACAAAUUUUCAAGACUAGAAAGUCAGUGUGAUGGCAAAUGUACCAACGUACAAACCAGCAAAAGUUAGUUCCAACCAAAUCCAACUGCAAUCGUCUUGGUGGUUUUUAUUCUGGUAAUUGCUUUACCCCAUGAACUCAAUGUACCUCACUUCAUAAAGACAAUAAAACAUUAUAAAGCUG